CACCCAUUCAAAUCUCAAACUCCAUUCCUCUCGCCAUCUCCUAUCCCUUUCCCCUUCUCUCUCUCUCUUCCCUCUUCCUGUUAACCACCAGAGCAAACACACUGAACAACAAACCUCCCUCUUCUCCUCUCGUUCAUGGAGUUUCAGAGGCGCCAAGACCACAGCCUCUCCGAGAGGAAAGGGCAGAAGCGGAAGCUAGAUGACCAAUUGCACGACGACCGGCAGAUCUCGCUCUCGCCGCCCACCGCCGACGAACGUGCGGCACUGCUCGCAGACGUCGCCGUACAGGUCUCCGUCCUCGACUCUACUUUCACGUGGAACGAAUCCGAUCGAGCCGCGGCCAAGCGCGCCACUCAUGCGCUUGCCGAUCUCGCUAAGAACGAGGAAGUUGUGAACGUGAUUGUUGAAGGAGGUGCGAUUCCGGCGUUGGUUAAGCAUCUUCAGGCGCCACCUCUGAGUGAUUUUGCUCAGAAGCCAUUGCCAUUUGAGCACGAGGUUGAGAAAGGGAGCGCGUUCGCUCUAGGACUUCUUGCCGUUAAGCCAGAACAUCAGCAGCUCAUUGUUGACAGUGGUGCCUUAACACAUCUUGUUGAUCUCUUAAAGAGGCAGAAAAAUGGUUUAACUUCUCGUGCCAUUAACAGUCUCAUACGUAGGGCUGCGGACGCCAUUACUAAUCUUGCUCAUGAGAAUAGUAGCAUUAAAACCAGUGUCAGGAUGGAAGGUGGAAUUCCACCACUUGUUCAUUUGCUUGAAUUUGCCGAUACAAAAGUGCAAAGAGCAGCUGCUGGUGCACUUCGAACCCUAGCUUUUAAAAAUGAUGAAAAUAAAAACCAGAUUGUUGAAUGCAAUGCUCUUCCGACUCUAAUUCUAAUGCUGCGUUCUGAAGAUGCUGCUAUCCAUUAUGAAGCGGUUGGUGUGAUUGGAAACCUAGUCCAUUCUUCUCCUAAUAUAAAGAAAGAAGUUCUUCUUGCUGGAGCUUUACAACCAGUCAUUAGAUUACUUAGCUCCUGCUGCUCAGAAAGCCAGAGGGAAGCAGCCUUGUUACUUGGUCAGUUUGCAGCAACUGAUUCAGACUGCAAGGUUCACAUUGUACAGAGAGGUGCUGUCCGACCUUUGAUAGAGAUGCUUCAGUCUCCUGAUGUACAACUCAGAGAAAUGUCUGCCUUUGCAUUAGGGAGAUUGGCACAGGACACACAUAACCAAGCGGGUAUUGCACACAAUGGUGGCUUAGUGCCAUUGCUCAAGCUUCUUGACUCAAAAAAUGGGUCUUUGCAACAUAAUGCAGCUUUUGCUCUUUAUGGCCUUGCAGAUAAUGAGGAUAAUGUGUCCGAUUUCAUUAGGGUAGGUGGAGUUCAGAGACUGCAGGAAGGAGAGUUUAUUGUUCAAGCAACUAAAGAUUGUGUAGCAAAGACAUUGAAAAGAUUAGAGGAGAAGAUUCACGACCGUGUGCUGAGCCAUUUGUUAUACCUCAUGAGAGUUUCAGAAAAGGGUUUUCAAAGACGAGUUGCUUUGGCUCUUGCACAUCUUUGCUCUGCAGAUGAUCAAAGAAGAAUUUUUAUUGAUAAUCAUGGUCUUGAGUUGCUUAUUGGCCUUCUUGGCUCAUCUAGCUCUAAGCAGCAACUUGACGGUGCUGUGGCUUUAUGCAAGCUAGCCAAUAAAGCCUCGACUCUGUCUCCUGUGGAUGCUGCUCCUCCUUCUCCAACACCACAGGUCUAUUUAGGAGAGCAGUACGUAAACAAUGCUACAUUGUCCGACGUUACAUUUUUGGUUGAAGGCAAACGAUUUUAUGCUCAUAGAAUUUGUUUACUUGCAUCUUCAGAUGCAUUUCGUGCAAUGUUUGAUGGUGGUUAUAGGGAAAAGGAUGCAAGAGACAUAGAGAUCCCAAAUAUUAGAUGGGAAGUUUUUGAGAUGAUGAUGAGAUUUAUAUAUACUGGUUCAGUUGAUAUCACUGUGGAUAUUGCUCAAGAUCUACUUCGAGCAGCUGAUCAAUAUCUUUUAGAAGGACUUAAGAGACUCUGUGAGUACACGAUUGCACAGGAUAUAUCACUAGAGAAUGUGUCAUGUAUGUACGAACUUUCAGAAGCCUUCAAUGCAAUAUCAUUGAGGCAUGCAUGCAUCCUCUUUAUCUUGGAGCAAUUUCAUAAGUUGAGCGAAAGGCCAGGGCACUCUCUUCUGAUUCAGCAUAUAAUACCAGAUAUCCGCAGUUAUUUUGUUAAAGCUCUUUCAAAGACCAACUCCCAUAACUACCGACUAUAAUGUGCGGCCCUUCUACUGUUGACCUCUUAAGCAACUGUGAUGUACAGAAAAGUAGAUAUCAUUCCUUAUGUUGAACAGGAAGGGGGUCUCCUGUAUGACACCAGAGUAAUGAGCGUCUUUCCCCUCAUUUUUUUAAUGGGGUGUAAUCCCCUUUUUGUCUGUAACGUCGUCAUUAUUAUAGAUAUAGCAAAUGUGGCCCUCACGAACAUUGUUUUUUUCUUAUGCAAUAUUGUGAUGGUUAUAUUACUUCACUUCAUGGUUCUCUUCCUCAGGUGAUUUUAUACAGGGAACUACGAUUGUUGAUUUUAUGAUUUAUAGAUGUAAAUAUUGUUUCCCCCCAGUGUACAUAUGACCAUUAUUAGAUAGUUGUCUGCUAAUUUGCCAGGCCAUUAAAUCCUGUCAUCUGACAUGGAAAUGCAUUGUAAAUUGCUGUUCCAAAUACUUAAUUUUGAAUACACGUAUUAUGACCCAA